UGUGUACCCUCUGAAUCUUUCUUUCUUUAUUCAAUUUUCUGCUUUCUUUUUUUCGCAUUUUCUCAGUGUAGGCGGUGAGAAUUCGAUCUACUACUCUUUAGUCUUUACUUUCUCUCUAAAAAUUCUCUAGCUGCUAACUUUGGUGUGGAAUUUUAAAUAUAAAUACCGUCAUCACCAAACCAGCCACUGGAAAAGAAGCCUCUGAAAACAAAAUCAAAACCAAAACCAAACACUGGAAAAGAAGCCUCUGAAAACAAAAUCAAAACCAAAACCAAACACUUUUAGCUCUCUCUUUCUAGAAAUCUGGUAAGCAGCAUAACCAGAAGUAGAACUAGAAGAACAACAUCAGUAGCAGAAAAGCAAACCCUAGAUUCUUAGAAAUCUAGGGAACUGCUUACUACUAAUUACUAGUACCAUCAGCUGAUAGAAGAUCGUGAAAACUUUCACAAAUGUCGAAGCAAUCAUGUGCUUUUAAUCUUCUCAAGUUUAUGAAUUUGGUUUAGGAGGAGAUCUAUUACUUCUUAGUUACUUCUCUAGUUCGGUUGGGAUCAGAGAUUUUCCUGAGACAAACAGAAUUCAGCUAGAUACUGAGUUACAUACCAUCACAUUCUGAUUGAGGGUGCUUACAGUUGAGGAGAAAUGGCAGCCCAGCUUGUCAGUUUGGCUACAAGUGAUAAAUUGAAGGAGAUGGAUUGGAUGAAAAAUAUUGAAAUUUGUGAAAUGGUCACACGUGAUCCAGGGCAAGCUAGAGAUGUAGUAAAAGCUAUAAAAAAGCGUGUGGGAAGUAGAAACCCAAAUACCCAACUUUUGGCUGUCUCGUUGUUGGAGAUGUUGAUGAAUAAUUGUGGAGAGCAUAUCCACAAGCGGGUCAUUGAUACAGGAAUUCUUCCAAAUUUGGUGAAGAUAGUUAAGAAGAAGUCAGAUCUGCCAGUGAGAGAGAAGAUAUAUCUUCUUCUAGACGCCAUGCAGACAUCCCAUGGUGGGGCCACUGGAAAGUUCCCUCAGUAUCAUGCUGCAUAUUAUGAGUUGGUGAGUGCAGGGGUUAAGUUCACUCAAACACACCGCGUUCUUCCCUCUAAUAUUCCUACAGUAGAGAGACCUAUUAACGCUUCUGAAAGAAAGCCAGUCUCUCCAAAGCGUGAAGAUGUUGGCAUCACGAAGCAAACUAAUUCCCAUAUUUUGCCUGAAUCAAGUAUAAUCCAGAAGGCUGGGUCGACGUUGGAGGUUUUGCGAGAAGUUUUGGAUGCUAUUGAUACUCAAAAUCCCGAGGGAGCAAAGGAGGAGUUCACGUUAGAUCUUGUGGAGCAAUGCACAUUCCAAAAGCAACGAGUAAUGCAUCUUGUCAUGACUUCUCAGGAUGAGAAAGUGGUUUCUCGGGCAAUUGAACUGAAUGAGCAGCUUCAUAAAAUUCUUUCUAGACAUGAUGCACUUCUCUCACCCCGGCAAACCGUUGGUAGCAAUCAUUUUGCUCGUGAUGAAGUAGAUGAGGAAGAAGAGGCUGAGCGGCUUUUCCGCAGAAUUCGUAAAGGAAAAGCUUGCAUGAGACCCGAAGACGAAGAUAAUUUUGAGCGACGGCCAUUGGGUAUGACUGAAUCCAUUCAGGCAGAAAAGAUGAAUCGUCCACUUAUACGUCCACUAUGUUUGGAACCAGUAUCACAGGAAUCAGGUCCACCACCAGUAGCCGUUAUCAUCCCUCCUCCACCUGCCAAAUACGUGGAGAGGGAGAAAUUCUUUCAGGAGAAAAAAGUGGAUGGUCAAACAUUGGCAGGUCACAUGAGGGACCUCUCCUUUCAUAGCCGUAAUGCAAGUAGUUCAAACAGUGGAAGUAUCGACUCUAGUGAUACAUUUCCAUCUUUACCUUAGCAGUGGUUUUUGAGUUGAUAUUGGAGAAGCUACAAAGAUGUUUGUCUUGUGAAGAAGGUUAGUUUUUUGUCCUUGUUCACAAGGAGUUGUCUUUGUAUAACUUAGGGCUGCUUUCAGUUGUGGGGUGUCGUGGUGGUGUCAUGUGUGCUGUCCUAGGAAAAUUGUGUUUAGUUGUUGUGUGGUAGUUUAAUGAAAGCUCUGAUUUGUAUUAGAAAGGUUACCUAACUUCUAUGUAUGUGAGAGCUAGCAAAAUUUAUAUAGAAAAAUUGUGGAGGGUCUUCUGAUGGUAUUAGGUGUUCAGCACAUGGGCCUAAUUAACUUUUGUAAUUUGGACCUUUUUGAUGGAAUAUACAUAUUAUUAUAGUAGCAUAAAA